GUCGAAAUUGUUUCUGGAUUUUCUGUCGGGAUUUGAGGAAAGAUAACCUGAUUUUAGCUUCACAUGCUAGGAUUCUUAGUGCUUACUUGGUUCAAAUAUGGGGAAAAAAGGAAAACGUAAAACCACUGGAAAUGAAUCUAAAACACCAAAGUACAACCAAGAGGUUCUGAGACUGUGCAUUGAGAUAUUGGAUGUUUGUGUGAAAGAAUUUCCUGCACUGCCACCAGCACAAUGGGAAGAAUUCGAAAAAAUUCAUGCAAUAAUUGAACAAAUUAGACAAAAGCAAACUGAUGAGUGUAUACCAUGGACAAGUCACUGCAGAGAAAGAAACAUAGACACCUUUAUGUCAUGGUAUCUUAGCAAUGGUGGUGCUGUUAACUCUGUACAAAUUCAUAAGUUUGGAGAUCAUGGUUAUGGACUGAUGGCUACUAGUGAUAUACAGGAAGGAGAUAAUUUUGUAACUGUACCAAAGUCACUGAUGAUGACGUUAGAGUCAGCAAAGAAUACUGAACUCGGACCAUUGAUUGAAAAAGAUCGCAUUUUGUCAUCGAUGCCUCACGCUGCUCUUUCAUUACAUGUUCUAUAUGAGAAACUCAAGGAGGAUUCUUGGUGGAAGCCAUACCUUGAUAUUUUACCCGGUUCUUAUUCCACAUCUUUGUACUUUACUCCCGAUGACUUAAAAGCUUUACAAGGGACAUCUACAAUAGGUGAAGCCAUCAAACCUUACCGUAGCAUUGCCAGACAAUAUGCCUAUUUUUAUAAACUUUUCCAGAGUGGGUCAAGAUGGAAUUUCAAGUACUUUUUUACCUUUGAUGAUUUCAGUAGAUCUAUCGAUGUUUUAGAUGAGUUAAAAAUACGACUUUUUAAUCCCGAGAGAAAGCAAGUCCUCCCCCUGUCAAAGUUACCGAAACCCGAAUCAGUUGUUAGCAACCAGAACGAAAUUCGUCUGUGGAAUUAUUUGCAUAUGAGACUAGGCCUGAUACUCGCCCAAUACAAGACGACUAUACAGGAAGAUGACGUACUUCUACAAUCGAAAGAACUCACUACAAAUGCUAAAAAUUGUUUGUUACUUCGUAUAACCGAACGAAGAAUAUUACAAAAUGCACUGGGGUAUGCUGAGGAGAAAUUACAAGAAGCAAAGAAGAAGCUAGACGAAACAACUCCUSCACCMCAGAACUGCGAACCGCUUGCGGAAAAAGUGGAAAAUAUGACAAUAAAGUAGUAAAAGUAUAAAAUAAUAUCUAARAAUAAAAUGACGUUUGUUUGAA